CUCCUCUCAGUGACGUGGAGCUUCCGGGUUACCUGACUUUUAAACCAAGCAGGUAAACAGAGCAGGAAGGGCCUGCUGUAUCAACACUGAAGAGUUUCUGCACGCGGCUGUGAUGGGGGAUGUAGUUCAGCUGGUUAGCUCCAUCCAGCUGCAGGAGAAGCCUGCAGACAAGCUGCAGCACAAAGAGAACAACAACAACAACAACAGCAACAAGACAGACGAGACGUUCACUGUCGAGGACGCGGUGGAAUUUAUCGGCUUCGGUCGGUUUCACAUCCUACUGUUCCUCAUCAUGGGUAGCACUAAUAUAAUCGAGGCGAUGGAGAUCAUGCUGCUGGCUGUAGUAUCUCCAGAGAUCCGCUGUGAGUGGCGCCUGCAGGACUGGCAGGUAGCCCUCGUCUCCACUAUGGUUUUCCUGGGCUUCAUGGUGUGCGGCAUCUUGGGAGGUUACCUGGCCGACAGGUACGGCCGCUGGAAGGUUGUGUUCGCGGGCUUCUUGUGGAGUGCGUACUUCUCGCUGCUCACUUCCUUUGCUCCGUCGUACGGUUGGUUCAUCUUCCUGCGAGGCAUGGUGGGCUGCGGGGUGGCCGGCGUGUCUCAGGGCUUUGUGUUGAAGACGGAGUUAAUCCCGGCUAAAUACCGAGCCAUCAUGCUGCCUCUGGCCACCGUGUUCUGGAUGACGGGCUCCAUGAUGAUCAUCCUCUUGGGGAUGCUGGUUGUUCCCUCGUUUGGCUGGAGGUGGAUGAUCCGGAUCUCUGUGACCCCCAGCAUCAUCCUGCUCUUCCUCUUCAAGUUUAUCCCGGAGUCGGCUCGUUAUAACGUGUCAGCAGGAAACGUUCAGGCGGCGUUAGAGACAUUGCAGAAAAUCGCCAAAAUGAACCGAGCGUCUCUUCCUCCGGGACGCCUAGUGGAGCCCAGCGUGAAAGAGCGAGGCAGCUGGAGGAUUCUGCUCAGCCCGGCCUUCAGGAGGACGUCCCUGCUGCUGUGGUUCUCAUGGUUCGUAGCGUCCUUUGCGUACUAUGGCUCUGUGCUGAGCAGCUCGGAGCUGCUGGAGAAAAACCUGUUGUGUGUGACUGACCCGGACCCAGAACACCUUGUCAAACACAAACACCCCGAAGGACUCUGUUUCUGCAUCCCAUUCAAAACCAACGACUACCAUACGCUGCUCAUCAGCUGCCUGGGGGAGGUCGCACUUGUCCCAAUAAACAUCUGUCUGCUGAACAUUUUGGGACGAAGGUUGAGUAUGACCAUGCUGCAGCUGGUGGCGGCCAUGUUGUUCAUGUUGCUCAACAUCUGCACCUCCAUGUUUGGGUUCACGGUGCUGCUGUUCCUGCUGCGCUCGCUGGUCUCCAUGAACUUUAACGUGGUUUAUAUUUACACCGCUGAGGUGUACCCCACCGUGGCCCGCUCCCUGGGGAUGGGUUUCUGCACGUCCUUCAGUCGCAUCGGAGGGAUGAUCGCACCCUUCAUCGCUCAGGUGCUGAUGUCUCAGUCGGUGGUUCUGGCUCUCAGCCCGUUUGCAGUGGCCUGCGUGAUCUGUGCUCUGGGGAACUUCCUGCUGCCGAUCGAGACCCGAGGACGAGCUCUGCUGCAGAGCUCCUGACGACCAACAGACCGUUUUUUAUUUUAGAUAAAUCAGUGAAUCAUCACUAUUGCUGUUACAUAGUAAUAUAUAUCUCAGGUCAAAGGGAAGUUUAGAGGCUUUUUAUUGAAAUUCAAAUAAAGUUUUUAUUAUGAAAAUGUUUUUGAAAUAUAAAAGAUGAAAUCUGAAUAAAAACACCUGAAAUCUGA